AUGCACGGUGGCGCCAAGGCACGGCGCCGCGGCCGCGUGCGCCGUGACUGCCCCUCGGCGCGCCCCGUCUACGCACGGCGUGAUUUUCACCAGUGUUGUAUGGCAGUCUAUCGGGGUGUGUCGACGGUGCCGGACUCGUUUUCUCAUCGUUUGUGGGACAACUGCCUAAAUCAAGAAUUAUUAAUUACGUUGAUUCAAGAAAGGCCUGUAAUAUGGGAUAAGACCAUCGACGAUUAUAAAAAUAAGCGGCUUAAAUAUGAUUCCUGGAAAGAAAUAUUUAUUCAUUUCCAGCCCACAUUUGAAGAUUUAAGUGGUGAUGAGAAAAACAAGUUUGGUAUGGUUGUUAGUGAUUCAGCAGAACGAGAUGAGAAAAAGAAAAGCAGUAGUAUGAACUUUUUUAUGGGAAUCGCUGAUACAGUUGACAAGUUCAGUGAUGAAAAUAUGAUAGACUUUCAGUUUCAAGUAAUUUCAAUAAUUAAAAAUAUUCAACAAAGACAGUGUACUCAGUAUAUACCUACAUCAAGAAACCAAUGGGAUCAAGGCCAUCAAGGAUAUUUAAGUGGUACAGCAUCCUCAAAUGCGCAAUCGUCAACAUAUGGAUAUUCUACAGCUGCUAGAUCGGGCUAUGGAAUAAGUCGUCCACAGACGUCUUCUCAUGAUUUUGGACACGGUUCUGGUUUAGAGCCAAUCCACUACCGACCCGAAUCACAAUUAUCUGUACAUAGUGUAAAUGCGGAAAGUAUCUCGGCAGAUUCUCAAGUUUCUAUUGAAGACGAAUUCGAUUUUAGUACCGCACUUGAGUAG